AUGAGGAGGUGCGGGGGGCUGAUGGGCGCCCAGCCGGCCACCCCGGAAGCGCAGCAGGUUGCCGACGAGGUGAAACUUCAGGUGGAAGAAAAAGAAGGGAAGAAAUUUGAGGUCUUCACUGCUGUGGAGUUUAAAACUCAGGUGGUUGCUGGAAUAAACUACUUCAUCAAGGUCCAUGUUGGCAAUGAGGAGUUCUUGCACUUGCGGGGGUUCAAAAGCCUUCCUCAUGAGAACAAACCUCUGAGCCUCUCCAGUUAUCAGAGCAGCAAGACUAAGCAUGAUGAGCUGACUUACUUUUAGUGGCUCUUUGGAAGAGCCUCUCUCAAUUUUUUUUUUAUAGGCUACAAAGUGAUGUUUCCUAUACCAAUGAAUAGAAUGAAAGUGCAUUUAAAAAUCUUGUCUGAAAUAUCAAUUCCUUUUCUAGAGUUCCCUCCCUCCUCAGUAUCCCAAAGAAGGGGCCUGGUUCUCCUCUCACUUACACUAGUGUAAAAC